UAUACCAAAUAAGUUAUUUACCGCGAAAUUAAAAAUUUCUUGUUAACAAAAGUAUUGCAUGCUUUGAUUUGACAGAUAAAUACAACCGUGUUGAAUGAUAUCGAUCAACAUCUAUUUGAUUUUUAAUUAAAAUUAUAAACUAAUUCGGACCGGCAUUCAAAAUGGCACGCUGCACUCUACUGCUUAUUUUCUUCUUUGCUGCCCAACAAUUUCUUGUGCACGCUUUGACACCAGUUACUGAAGGUAUAGUGAGAAUUGUUGGAGGCACCACAGCAUCGGAAGGAGAAAUUCCGUGGCAAGUUGCAAUUUUUCUCUUUGGCUCGAUAAAUUGCGGAGCUUCUAUCAUAAGCGAAAAUUUUAUUGUCACCGCUGCACAUUGCUCAGACUACCCAGCUAAGGUUUACACAGUCAUUUCUGGUACCGUGAACAUCUAUGAAGGUGGAAGACAACACAACGUGUCAAACAUUUAUGUGCACGAGGGAUGGAACCCCAUCACAUUCGAAAAUGACAUUGCCGUCUGGCAAGUAGACCCACCAUUUGAAUGGAAUGGCCAGACCGCGCCAAUUGGCCUUUUGGACCAAGGAGUCGACACUCCAGCCAGAACUUUGGCCACGGUUUCGGGCUGGGGCACCACAUCGCUUGGUGGUAAUUAUUCAGACCUUCUCCUGAAAGUGGAAGUGCCUAUUGUUCCCCAGAUCGACUGUGAUGCAGUGUACGUCAAUUUUGGGGGAAUUUUUCCAAGUCAGAUUUGUGCUGGAUUUCCGAUGGGAGGUGCCGACGCUUGUCAAGGGGACUCUGGAAGCCCACUUUUUUUUAAUGGGACAUUGCAUGGAAUUUCAUCGUGGGGCGACGGAUGCGCUGCGCCUGGAAUCCCCGGAAUUUACACAAAAGCUUCAGCGUACAGGGACUGGAUCAAUCAAAUAACUGGAGUAUAAAUAAGCCGAUGAAAAAGAAAAUCAUGUAAAGUUUUCUUUCUGAUUGCUGAUUUAAAUUUUGUGCACGGAACAAAAUAAAAUUUUAAUAUUAUAUAAUUUCAAUUCAGGAAAUUUUUAGGCCGUUUUGCAUCUCUCUGUCAUCUUUAUAUGCUAAUUAAAAUACAUUUAUUUUUUAAUAAAAAAUAUGA